AGCUCCUUGGAUGUUGCCAUAUCGCUGGCAGCCAGAGAUUGCUGUGGUUGCAAAGACUCGGCUGCUGGGUAGAAACCUCUUGUCUUUUUUUGGUAGAUGUCAGAUUUGGUGGUUUCACAUUUGCAGCUCCAGUAGCAGCAGGGGGAGGUUCCGUGUCCCUGGUCUCCUCUGCGGUAGUUUGUUUGUGUGUUGACGAGAGGCUGCUUCGCGCUAAUGCGUUAGCUAACUAAAAAAAAUCACAGUUUUGUUGCAAAUUGGAGCAAUUAAACAGCUCGACGGGCAGCUAUGUGGCGUCCGACGGCCGCUCCACUUGACUGAGGAUGGGAAGAUUUGUCGGGCAACGCUAUCUCACAAGUUACACGUCGGAUACAUCGCACUCGGAGACAUUAUCUUCAGAGGAUAACCUGGAUAACCUUACACGAAAUGUCAUAGCGCGUAAGUAGCUAGCACUUAGCUAGCUGGGUAAUGGCUGGACGAGAUGGAGAAGGACCUAAUGUUAUCAGCAGCAGCAGCAGCCGACCAUGAACAGCUGGAUGGAUAGCUAAAGAAACACUUUAUCCGGGGAUGCUAUAGCCUCCUGGGUGGUCUAAUUCACUUACAUAACAGCUAGUCGCAACCGCUCUAGCUAUUACCAACUGGCUUGUGUUGGCAAAGCAAAUGGGAUAUUUGCCACCAAAAAUCUGGGUUGUCUCAACGUCAUCAUCAUAAGUGACAAAGGCGUCGCUGCAUGUUUUGAGGCUGCAGAUAGACUUUUCCUCUGAUUCUUAAGGUCUUCAAUCUGAUCUGCUUUGUCUAUAAAGUGCAAAGAAAGAAAAAAAAUCCAGUGCACAGCAAACGAGCAGCUCAUCCUUGUGUCUGCCUCGCAUCCAAAGCCACAAACACUCCUCCUGUCACAUCGACAACAUGAGGAAGUUCUUUGAUUCUCGUCGGGAGUUGGUCAGCUCUGGGCCUGGUUCUGGAGGAGGAGGUGGCAGCUCUGGAUCCAGUCAUGCAGGCGGAAAUUUCAUUGGACGAGCCUUCACAGUCGGACGGCAUCAAGUCACUGUGGAUGAGAUAAUUGCUGAAGGUGGUUUUGCAAUAGUGUUCCUUGUGCGAACAAAUCAAGGAGUGCGUUGUGCCCUGAAGAGGAUGUAUGUCAACAAUGAGCAUGAUCUGCAGGUGUGCAAAUGCGAGAUUCAAAUAAUGAAAGACCUUGUCGGUCACAAGAAUAUUGUUGGUUAUCUGGACUCCAGUAUCACCGCCAUGGGAUCGAGGGAUGUAUGGGAGGUUCUCAUACUUAUGGACUACUGCAAGGGAGGCCAGGUGGUCAAUUUGAUGAAUCAAAGGCUGCAGACUGGUUUCACUGAAGCUGAGGUGCUGCAGAUCUUCUGUGACACCUGUGACGCUGUUUCUCGCCUGCACCAGCGCAAGACACCCAUCGUCCACAGAGAUCUUAAGGUGGAGAACAUCCUUCUGCAUGACAAGGGUCAUUAUGUGCUGUGCGACUUUGGCAGCGCCACUAAUAAGUUCCAGAGCCCACAGACUGAAGGAGUGGCAACCGUGGAGGAAGAGAUCAAAAAGUACACCACUUUAUCAUAUCGUGCCCCUGAGAUGGUGAACCUCUACAACAAUAAGAUUAUCACCACAAAAGCAGAUGUCUGGGCGCUGGGCUGUUUGCUGUACAAGUUGUGCUUCUUCACUCUGCCCUUUGGUGAAAGCCAGGUGGCCAUCUGUGAUGGCAGUUUCACCAUUCCAGAUAACUCCCGCUACUCUUAUGAUCUUCACUGCCUCAUUCGGUACAUGCUGGAGCCAGACCCAGACAAAAGACCAGAUAUCUACCAGGUGUCCUUCUUUGCUUUUAAACUAGCUCAGCGGACUUGCCCUGUACAGAAUGUGAAGAAUUCUCCAAUUCCCUCUAAACUUCCUGAGCCAGUCAAAGCCAGUGAGGCUGCAGCGGCAAAGAAAAGCCAGGCUAAACCAAGACUGACAGAUCCGAUUCCCACCACUGAAACCUCCAUCACUCCCCGCCAAAGGCCCAAAGCAUCUCAUACCCAGCCUGCUGCUGGCAUCCUACCCAUCCAGCCUGCUGCUCUCACCCCUCGCAAGCGGGCUAAUCUCCCUGGUGGUGCAGCUCAGCCUGUGGGAGUCAGCUUGAACCUCUCUCAGCCAGCAGCAGCUCUCCAGUCGCAGAAGGCUCAGACUGCACCUCUGCCACUCAUCCAGUCACAAAACUCCAGUCAGGCUGUGGCUGCACAGAAGCAGCCUGCAGCAGCCCCUACAGCAGAGACUACAGCAGUAACAGCAGUAUCCCCAGUGACCAAGGCUGACGUCCAACCACAGGCACAGCCAACAGUUCAGCAACAGACCACACCUCCCUCUAUGGUCAAUGCCGCCUCCCAGCAGGCAGCGCAGACUCCAUCCAGCCCAGCCCCACCUCAACGCCCAGCUCGACGCAAGCAGGCUGGCCAGGCUCAGCAGCCGGCGGCCCUGCCUUCGCCCAGCAAACCAGCCUCCGGUCAGCUGCCUGUGUCUGAGCAGCAGCAGAUAACUCAGCCGCCAGCUGUCCAGGCUCAGACUGGCUCCACUGAGAUCAGCCAAAAAGCAGCUGAGAUGACUCCACCUGCUUCUCCAAAGACAACUGAGGAACAAGGCCACAAACGCAUCCCGAGUGACGCCACAGCGAGCAGCAUCACUGGAGCUCCAGCACCUGACUCUUCACAGCAGACACAAGCAGCAAAUGGAGACGCUGCCCUCAACCAAUCACUUACAUCUGAAUCAACCCUCAUCCAACCUGUUCAGCUUGGUGAUGCAGUGCAGGACCAAAGCAAAGCUGGAUCAACUGUUCCUGCCUCUGGCUGUGCCACCAACACCCCUACACAGCCUGCAUGGAACCCAUUUGAUGACGACAACUUCUCCAACCUCACUGCAGAGGAAUUCAAAGCUGAUGACAAAAAGCCUAACGAUACACUUUCAGAAACUGAGACAGCAUCCUGCGAAGAGUUGAUACCAGGCUUACAGGCCUCCGUUGUGGACAAUGCACCGCAAGAAACUGUUGAAAAACCAUCAGCCAUUCUUGAUGUGGAUUCAGGAGCCUCACUGUUGGUUGUCCCAGAUCCUUUCCGGACCCUCGAACUGUCAGACACACCAGAGAAGCUGAUUGAAGGACUCAAAUCUCCAGACACGUCCUCACUCAUGCUUCCCGACCUGUUGUCGUUGUCUGAUCCCUUUGGAGGCUCUGUGGAAGAGUCUGCAAAAAACCCCCUCACUGCAGACGACUCUCUCCUGGGGUGCUCUCUGAUCUCCGGUCCGUCCGCACCUCCAGCAGGGAACAGUGCCACCUCCUCUGUCUCCUCUGCCCCGACCUCUGCUGCCUCUGCUUUGGAUGAUUUCAGUCUGUUGUCUGGAGACCCUGCACAGCCUAAAGCAGACUCGUCUCUCCUCAUCUCAGACUUUGAGCCCCAACAAGCCAGCGCGGAGGCAGGCACAGAGGACGACGACUUUGAUCCUAUUCCCGUUACAGGACGAAAGAAUUCCCAAGACCUGCAGAGGGAGCUCAACAGUAAUACACUCAAAGCCAUUGGGACUGUGCAGUUCACUGAGGAGAAGCAAAGCAUGUUGCAGCAGAGGACUGCUGCAUGUGUCUAUACUAAACACAUGUUGCCUUCAGAUGAGAGCAGCAUUCAACACCAUACAACACCAGCUCCUUCCACCAGCCUGCAUACCAGACCUGUCCACCAAGUAUCUCAGUUCCAGUCUGAAAACAGCCCAGUCACCUUUGAUGUCUUCCAGCUGGCCCCUUUUAAAACACCAGGAAAAGAAAGCAACAUGGCAUUCAGCAGCUCCUCCUUGUCUCAUGAACCUUCCGAGGUAUCUGAUGUUUUCCUGCAGGCACCGUUUGGAAAGAGGCUAGAAACCACCAAAGCUGUCCCUGAUAACGCUUACAUAUUUAAGUCGAGCACACCACAGAUCCAAAGCAGCAGCCAGAGUCACCUUGUCCCAGUAUCACCUCUUCCUCCUCCUCAGUCUCUUAGUACUCGUGUCCCUCCUCUGCACACGGAAACACCUCUGCUCCAGCAGCCGGUGGCGGUGCACCGGGUUGUCUCCAGGAUCGGUCAGCAGGCCGCCGUGGGUUCAGUAGCAGUGGGGCCUCUGCACUCCUGGACCAUAGGGGGAAGAGCUCUGGAGGAUCCAUUUACUGCUGCGCCUUUUCAGCCAAGAUGUUCUCAGGGGAAACCUUGAUUAUAUAGUACACACAUCUUUUAAAAAUGCCAAGUCAGUCAGCUUUUUGUUUUUGCAACUUAAGAAGGAUCCAAAGUAUGGUUCAGUUGCAGUGUUACACAAACCUCUAACAUAUUUUCACUCAUGAUUGACAUCAUUACUGCAGUAUUACAAUACUAGAUUAUCCUUUUAUCAAGUAUGUACUUGUUUUCUACCUCAGUCAUCUGAUUUGCUUUCAGACUGAGCACAAUGAUGUGCCAUUUCAGCACUUUACAAUAGUCUGAACAUGGACCGUGAGGUUCUUAAAGUGAACAUGAAGGAUUGGUUCUGGACUGAGAAUCUGACUGAUAAGAACAAAAGUAAUGAUAUCAAAAAGGGCUUUGUUGAAAUCUGUAAUUUUUUUGACUUGCAUAACUUGCUGUUUAUUCAAAUAAUGAAUCAAAAAGCAUUCAGUGUGUUUUUCAAUUAACAGGCCCAUAAUUGAAAAUAUGGAGCUGUUUUAUUCAAAUCCUAACAAACAUUAUGGCAUCAGUGAACAUGAAUAGCUAUAUUAGCGCUUCAAUAAACCUGUCAGUUAAAAAGACAGUGAUUGCAGCUUCCACUUCUACAGUUUGAAUCAGGGGUGCCCAGGCUUUUUUGGCUUGUGAGCUACUUUUAAUUUUGACCAGCUAUAAAUGAUCA